AUGUGGCUCAAAAGUUAUAUCGAUUUUAACACUACAAAAAGAACUAAUGCCAAUAAUGAGUUUGAGACAAAUUUAUUCAAACUAAUGAACAACGCGGUAUACGGAAAAACAAUGGAGAACGUUCGAAAACACGUUGAUGUUAAACUCGUGACAAAGUGGGAGGGUAGGUAUGGAGCUGAAGCUUUAAUCGCAAAACCUAAUUUCCACAGCAGGGCUAUCUUUAACGAAAACUUGGUUGCCGUAGAACUGAAAAAAGUAGAGGUUUUGAUAAACAAACCACUCUAUGUUGGUAAGACAGUAUUGGAUGUAUCAAAAACUUUAAUCUAUGACUUUCACUUCGAUUAUAUGUUGCAAAAGUAUGAUUUUGAGAAAUGUAAGCUUCUGUACACCGACACCGAUAGCCUUGUUUAUGAAAUUAAAUGUUCAAACACUUAUGCCGACAUGAAAGAAGAUAUUCACAAAUUUGAUACUUCAGAUUAUCCUCUAAACAACGUGUACAAUAUUCCGCAAGCCAACAAGAAAAUUUUAGGUUUGAUGAAAGAUGAGUGCAGUGGUAAAAUUGUAACAGAAUUUGUUGGCUUGCGGAGCAAAAUGUACAGCAUCCGCGUUGAGAAUCAAGAUUUCAUAAAAAAGGCGAAAGGUGUAAAAGCUGGAGUUGUUAAAAAAGACAUUAAUUUUGAUGAUUAUGUGUAUUGCCUUCAAAAUGUAAAAAUUCAAUCUAGAACGCAGUACUCAAUCAGGUCCAAUCUGCACAAAGUGCAAACUUUAAAACAAACAAAAGUUGCACUCAGUCCGUAUGAUGACAAAAGGUUAUUGUUAAAAAAUAAUACUGACACCCUUGCAUGGGGACAUUGUAAAAUUGCCGAAAUUAUGGAAGAUGAUGAUGAGGUAUUGUAA